AUGUUUUAUCGUACAGGCUGUUAUACUCUCGAGCUCGCUCCUCUCAGACCGUAUACCUUCCCUCCGAUCAAGCCAAAGAUGCCCCGUCAAAAGAAAGCUAAGAAAGAAAUGGUUAAGGCCAAAUUUAAAAGGGCUAAUUACACCGACGUUGGUCAAGAGAGUCCUGCCCUGAGCAAAUGGACUGUCGUUAAACAGGUUGGGCCUUCUGUCGCUGCUCAGGGAGCGUCCAAGCAAGUCUCUUUCCAUACCGAGAAGGCUGCUGAGGCUUCUCUCGCUGCGAAGAAGGCUGAAAAGCGAGUGGCGAACCCUUCUACUGAGGUCGCGAAGAAGGUUUCUGAUAAGGAGACCGAGAAAAAGAGGCCCACUGAGGUCGCUGUUGAGAGAUCGAAGAAGAAACAGCGCGUAGAAGAGUCGACACAGAAGACCGCCUCUAUUGAAGCCGCUGCUACUGGUUUUGAAGAGGAGCCUGCGACCUAUGAUCUUUCGUUCACCUUUAAAUCGAAAGAUCAUAUCGCAAGUAUCCUACAGGCGUGCACUGAGCUAUGCUCCAAGAUCCCUUGUAGCACGGACCACGAAUUUCCUGAGCCCGAUGACCUGAUCGAAGCGGAGGCGUAUCUGCUGUUCACGGGGAGCGUGAUGGAGGUAUCGUCCUUUAACCUGAUAGUGUGUUUUAAAAUUCUUGCUUUUAUUAUUUCUUUGCUCAUCGAUCUUCUUUUGACAGAUGAUCACACAUGGGAAUCUGAUCAUCGAAAAAUACGAGCGUUGGUCUUGAGGGCUUCUAAAGAAGCUCGAGGAUUAUCCGAGCGCGGAGGAAACAAGACAGCGAGCGAAAGACGCCGAGGGAGAGCUCGAGAAGAGAAAGACGAAAAAGAGUCUCUGCGAUCUUUUCACGAUCAGGAGACAUUUCGUCUGCGGUCUUCUCGAAGGUACGAGGUCACUCAGAUCAUCGCGAAGUGCGAUGCUAAGAUUUUGAGGUUUAAAAAGUCGAUCUCUGACAACGAGGAGGCGAACAGGCUUAGCGCGCUGAUGAACCAAGCGAUGGCUAUUAAGGAUUACCUCGCUGGUUUUAAGAAGGCUGAAGCCGAUGUCUGUGGCGACCGGUUCAAAGAGCUAGAUGUGAACUUUAACAGGUUCGAGAAGGAUUUCGAUGCUCUGGACGUCGAGGAAGUUACUGAUGGUGAUUUUAAGAUGACUCCUCCUCCUUGGAUGUCCUCAAACCUUCCUUAG